CGCAAAUAAUGAAAUCGAUGAUUCAGGUCUUCCACGAAAGUGCGAAAUUAAUGUGCAGGUGUUUCUCAGACUUGGUUUACAAUUACUAACUAUUAUUAACUAACCCAAAAAAAAAAAAAACAGAGAACCGCAAAGGGAAAGUAUCGUCAGUAACCCUUUUUUCCUCUCCUCGUACUAUCAUAUCUCUAAUUUGUAUGGUGUGAGUGAGGUGAAUAUGGAAGUGGGAAACGAGAAAGAAGCCAUAACAUUAUUGGUAGGGGAAGAAGAGAAACAACUCCAAAAUAACACAAGUGGUGGCAAGGCACCAGUAUUCACGUUAUGGAUUGUUCCGUCAUUCAUUUGCUUUUUCGAAUUGCCGGCUUUAGUUCUACUAUCAGUUUUCACAUUCCCGGACUCGGCAAAACUCGGUCAGCGUCAUACGAUCUUCAUCUUCGUUUCCGCAAUCUACUUCGUGUUGCUUCAUUUGCUCCCGAAUAAACUUGCCAUUCACUGGGGUGCAAAGGCUCCGGACUCUACAUGGGGGCGCUGCGCGAAGUCCGCCGACCUGAUCCUCGUCAUCCUCGUCUCGAUCUUCGUCGGAUACUGUAGAUCCGACGACGAUGAUCGUCGCGUCGUCGUCGAUCUGUGGAUUAUGGUUGGGCUUACAUUCUUAAAUAUCAAAAUCCACAUGUUUGUUAAAAUUCGAUGGAGGGUUUUGGAUUAUGGUGCGCGAGAUAUGAUGGUGGCAUUAGCGAUGCAAGUUUUUGCUUACUGCAAUGUGGUAAUGCUCCUUCACGGGACUUCAUCACCAUCAUCUCGACGUGACAGUGGAUUGGGAUUUCGCACGGCAGCGCUGCUAGUCACGAUGGCGCCUUGUGGGAUCGUCGUUUUCUGUGCAUUCUCUUCUGCUCCGGUUUUAGACCGGCCUGAAAAUCUUACCGAUGGAAUAAUAUUAAAUUUCUAAUCACACACACUUCGUUGCCUAACUUUUUUUAAAUUAUGCAAGAGAAAGACACCUUUCAUCUGUUGUUGGGGUUUUUUUUUUUGCCUUCGAAGAUUAUUGUCUCCGGUUCCUAAUAUUUUGAUUUAGUUUCGUCGUCAUUCGUGUCAAGAUGUGCCGAUAAACCCCGACCAGAUUAAUCUGUUCUGCUGGGAUAAUUGGAUUCAUGUCUAGUUUCGGUUCGUGCAGCCUCAAACUGGAUUAAUUUACGCCCACCACGUUCAUGACCGGUUUAGAUGGUUAAUCGCUCAUCAAACCACUGCCUAUUUUGUUUUAAUUUAUGCGUUUUCCAAUAGGAAAAAAUAGCAUAAAGUCUUUAGUGAGACUUGAACCCAAGUCACUUAGAUGAAAUUAAAGAUUUUAAUAAACUAGAUUACAUCUU